ACAUGGUGCUCUGCUCAAUUUUUCAAGAUGUCGUCGCUGGAACAGAGGCUGUCGCGAAUCGAGGAGAAACUAAAGCAGGAGAAUGAAGAAGCUCGCCGGAGAAUCGACCUCAACAUCGACAUGAGCCCGCAGAGAUCCCGUCCGAGGCCGAUCAUCGUGAUCCAGCUCAGUCCUGCUCCAGCCCCUUCCCAGCGCGCAGCGCUCCAGCUGCCCCUGGCCAACGAUGGAGGCAGCCGCUCGUCGUCUUCAGAGAGCUCGCCUCAGCACCAUCCCUACCCCAGCCGCCCGCGACACAUGCUCACCCUGCCCACGCCGCCGUACGGCCUGCAGAAGAGCCUAGAGAAUGCAGAGAUCGACCAGAAACUGCAGGAGAUCAUGAAGCAGACGGGUUACCUGAAGAUCGACGGUCAGCGGUAUCCAGCAGAGGUGACCGACCUGAUCAGUGAGGGCGAGAUCGGCAGUGGAACGUGUGGACAGGUUUUCAAAGUGCGUUUCAAGAAGACCGGCCAUGUCAUCGCUGUCAAACAAAUGCGUCGUACAGGAAACAAGGACGAGAACAAGCGGAUCCUCAUGGACCUGGAUGUGGUGCUGAAGAGUCACGACUGCCCGUACAUCAUCCAGUGCUACGGGGCCAUAGUUACUAACACGGAUGUAUUUAUCGCCAUGGAGCUGAUGGGAACGUGUGCUGAGAAGCUGAAGAAAAGAAUCCAGGGCCCCAUCCCAGAGCGAAUCCUUGGAAAGAUGACAGUAGCAAUCGUGAAGGCGUUGUUGUACCUGAAAGAGAAACACGGUGUCAUCCAUCGGGACGUCAAGCCCUCCAACAUCCUCCUGGACGAUAAAGGUCAGAUCAAACUCUGCGACUUCGGCAUCAGCGGACGCCUGGUCGACUCCAAGGCCAAGACCCGCAGCGCCGGCUGUGCAGCCUACAUGGCGCCGGAGAGAAUAGACCCUCCAGACCCCACCAAACCUGACUACGACAUCAGAGCAGACGUGUGGAGCCUCGGCAUCUCUCUGGUGGAGCUGGCCACGGGACAGUUUCCCUACAAGAACUGCAAGACAGACUUUGAGGUUCUGACCAAAGUGCUGCAGGAAGACCCUCCUCUGCUGCCCCUUGGCAUGGGCUUCUCCCUCGACUUCCAGUCCUUUGUCAAAGACUGCCUCACAAAGGAUCACAGAAAACGGCCAAAAUACCACACGCUGCUGGAGCACAGUUUCAUCCGGCGUUACGAGGUGCUGGAGGUGGACGUGGCCGGUUGGUUCCAGACGGUGAUGGAUCGCACCGAGUCGCCUCGCAGCAGCCAGUGUUACAGCCAUCAGCACCAGCUCCACUCGCUCUUCAGUAGGUAGCCUAGCCCAGCCCGACGCUAGCUUAGCCAGACGCUAGACUAGCCUAGCUUACGGCUUUGCUGAAACCCCAGACUCCAGUCUGUCCUAGUCUAGCCCAGCGUUAGCAGCUAAGCCUAGCGUUAGCAUUAAAGAGCCCGUCUGUCCAUCUGUCCACCGGAGAACCCGAAGAGCCCACAGAGGAGGGGGAGGAGUCUGGACGGGCGGAUGGAGUGAUUGACGGAGAGACUGACUGAUGGAUGUUUUUUGUCUUUGUGUUGAAUCUGGACAGGCAGACAUGGGAUGGACGGGGUAGUCAAGGGUGCACUCUGUAGCUAGCUUCAUUCUUUAAACACAACUCACCUCGCUGUGUGUGUGCGUGUGUGUGUGUGCGCGUGUGCGUGCGUGCGUUUCUACAUUUCAUCCACAUCCGUUAGUCUUUCACCUACAUGUCCGUCUCCAGCAUUGAUCCACGCCGUUGGAUUAGUCGACAGAGUAGUCACUACACACUGGAACGAAGCGUCUGCUACGUUUAGUAAAAACAGGAAGCUCUUGUACAUAAAAGCCGUGGAGGAGGACACGACACUGUCCGGGUGCAAUUAUGACUCUUCAGGUGUUUCUACUAUCACACACUCUCAGGCUGUAUGUGUGUGUGAGUGUGAGUGUGUGUGUGGUACACAGUCGCUGGUUGUUAGAGUGAGAUAAUAAUAAUAAAUCGCUAACACACACACACAGAAUAUUAAAAGCUCCUGUGAGGAAGUUCUAAAAGAGACUGAAAUAAAUCAAAAUCAAAGGAGGCUAUGAUCGACAACAUAGAUGAACGCCUGUAACCGCUGCCACUUGUUUGGUGCGAGGCAAGACGAUUUACAGCACGCUGAAAAAAAACGCCUUUUAUGAAGUUUUCCCCAGUUAACAUCAACAAGGACUGAUUCACUGACUGCUAAAUGAAAGCUGCAGGAUUUUUAUUUACCAGAAAACACAACCUACACAUGUACAGGACAUGAUCAGCAAAAACACAAUAUGUACCCCUUUUGGCCACCGGGGGGCGCCAAACUGAAAGAUCCUCACAGGAGCUUGAAUCUGUUGAACAUGUAAUAAAACGUAACCCACAUUAACUUAUAUAUGAUAUUAUAAACACACAUUUCUGUAUUUAGCUGCAUAUUCAGAAAAAAAAACACAAUGAAAAAUAAUCCCAAAAAAAUUAGCAUCGUUGCAUCUAGCUCUGUAGAGUUAUCGUCCAUGUUUUUGUUUUUUUAUUCAGAGGGCCUAAGAUGAACUAAAAGAGCGAUUAGAGAGACGGAGGGCGACUCGUCCUAGAAGUGUGCGAUUGGAAAAGACGAGAAUGUAGAAGAAGAGCGAGGUGUGAUAACCGUUGAUAGUGUGAAAGGUCAGAGGUCAAGAGGAGAGCAGGUGGAGAUUUUAUUGAGAAGGAAAGGAGGAGAAGUUGAUCAUGUACAGAGAGUGUAAACGCUGGUAGAUCUUAUUCUGUGGAGCACGUCUUUACUCCCCCCCUCUGUCCGUCUACCUCUUCCUCUCCGUCCGUCUUCUUCUGCUGUUCUGUGUUUACGUAGCGCUCCACAGCGUUUCCAGACCAAAGGCUGCGUGUAGGUUGAUGUUGGAGGUGGAGGAGGCCGAGAGGUUUAGUGCUGCUUAGAAAUGAUGAAGCAUGUUGUGGUGUUUUUAGGAGCCGGAGCAGGGGUCUCAAAUUAAAAGUUCAGGGGUCUGAUCUGACUCACGUGUUAGAGGCGAGAAGAAUCUUACUGUUGUUUCAGAGCAAUCCUACAUCUACCCAGGUAGUUUCCAAAAUGUCUCAUACUUUCAUUAUUGAAUCUACUCGUGAACAUUUCCUCACCUAGUUGUGAUUGCAUUUAUAUUCUGUCCAAAGGCAAGAAGUAACCGAUCUUUAAAUCUUCUUUUUGUUUGCUGUAAAAUUUGAUGUAGACAUUUUUAAAGUUUCUAAAGUGAAAAAGAAACUCCCCAAAUCUUUGCUAACAAGCGCUCCGAUGAUUAACUCACUUCUUCGUAACGAUACCCACUGACCAUGAGUCAGCACAUUAUAUAUUCAGUCGAGUCAACCCGACAACAAAACGUCUCUUUAGAAACACAAAAACGUUUAGUCUCUCCUGAAACACUCCUGGAGCACAGGUCAUCUUCAGAGACCUCGAUCCGUCUCAUCUGCUGAUUUCAGACAGAAUCAAGUCUGACUUGUUUCCGCCCGCCGUGUGGAGCAGGCUUAAACACAAGAGAGAAGUGAGUUCAGGUAGCAGCAUCCCUCUGAGGAAGGGGGGCCCCUGGUAAGGUGACUUUGAGACCCCUGAAGUAGAAGAUUGUUAGGAUGAAAUAGUUUGAGGUUUGAACAUCCAGACACAGCGGAGCGUCUUUGUGUCUGCUGGGUAUGUAGAGAUGUGUUUAAUGAGCGCAGGUCUUCAGAGACUGACUGACUCCAGUCCUCCUGCCUCCCCACAGCCAAAGCCUGCCUGUAGUGCAGACUCCAGUCCCAUCACGCACCGAAACCAAAUCACUGCUAGACACAGAGAAGAAGUGAGGACUGCAGAGAGAGAGAGAGGAAACUGUUAAGUGUCAGAGGAAGAGAGAGAGAGAUUCAUGAAUGUUGUUGAGACGGAGGAAAGGAUGAGAGAGGAUGAAACGUUAAGAGAGACGAGGAGCGAGGGAGAGGAAGAGAGGGAGUGUUCAGAAAGUGUGAGCGGAAGUUAAAGAGAAGUUUAAAGAGAGCGGAGAAGUGGAAGUGAAAUGUGUCAGGAAGCAAACAGGAGGAGCUCUGAGAAUAGCUGGGUUCUGUAAAAAGCUUUCAUGGUGUCUCACCGAUCUACCAAUUAUGAUUUUAGGGAGUUAGCAUAUUAGCGUGUUAGCGUGUGGUGUUUAUGAUGUGUACUGUUUUGUUCAAACGAUGUUAUUUAUUUACAUUGCUACUGCUGCUACUUUUUUGAUCGCUUUAGACGCUGCUGUCUCUUCUUUUCCCCAAAGGACAAAUACUUUAUUCUUUUUUUUUUCUUUCUUUAAAAAACCAAAUAAGUCAAAUAAUGCAAAGUCAACACCAAAUACAGAAGAGCAAGUCUGACGAGGGCAGGGAGAGCAAGUGAGAGGUGGAGCCAUAGAUUAGAAGAAGAAGUACUAACACACAAAAUCUAUAGAAGUCACCUCAGCUCCACGUGUACGUCAUCGUUUCAGCGCUGCACGCCGUAGAGGAGAUUAGAGGGGAAGUCUGUCCGUCCAGAUUCUGUUGAUCACAUCCAUCUUUUACUCCGUCCACCCUCCAUCCGUCCACAGGUCGCCUGCAAGCUGGACAACCUCCACAGUUCACACCAAAGGCGUCUACGAGCCAAUGGAAACACGAGCGAGCGUUGUUGUUAUUGUUAUUGACAUUAUCUUUAUAGCUGGUGUGUAUUAGAGCAGCGUCCUGUGUGUGUGUGUGUGUGUGUGUGUGUGUGUGUGUGUGUGUGUGUGUCAUACUAUGCAGAGGGACACACUACAAAAACCAGCCGGCCCCUCGUCCCGCUCGCCAUGAGCCUGUAGCAGGAAGUGACUCAGUCGUGCUCUCUGGUUUCUGCCCAACAUUUAUAAACCGCUGAGCAUCAGAGAUCCUCGAUGACCGGCCUCACGCCUCGUUCUCCUCUCACUCCGUUAACUCAUAUAUUAAUCCAGCUUUCAGUGUUGUCGUGUGUGAACUCAUCAAUCACAACUUAAACGAUCAUUUAGCCAAGAAACUUUCAAAGUAAAGGUCUCGCUGAUUCAUUCCCCUAAAAUAGUAAACACAGCUCCUAUCAGAUUAAAGAACUGCUCUAGAUUGUCAUAAAUCAACGUCUCUAUAUGUGUAUAUUCUCUACAGGUAACCUUCAUUCUGCUUAAAGAGGAACUAAUUUAGUGAUUACCUGAUCAGCCAUCGAACAAACACGGAGCUGCUUGAACUUUACGUCUAAAAAAAUACUGUAUCUUUUUUUUUUAAUUCUCUGCCGACCUUCUGUACAUGAGAAUUUAUUUUGAAGCUAGUAGAAAUGUUGUGUUGAGUCAAACACAAACCUUUAAAGAGUAGAACCAGAGGAAAUCAACUUCUUACAGACGUGUGUAUAUAUACAUUUAUAUAUUCCUGAUAGAGUAAACUGAAAUUUAAUGUGUAAAAACAGUUCGCUCUUCUUUUUUUAAAGCAGUUAAAAUCAUGGAUUCAGUCAGCUAGUGUGUAUUUAUGUGCAGCUUUCAUAAUCAAGAGUCAACAUUAGUAUUCAUCACACGCUCAUACAGAGGAGCAGUGAACUGUAACGACUGUUACUGUCAUAAAAAUACUCAAACUCUAAAAUACAGAUAGAGAAUAUAAUCCUUAUAGUGUAGUACGAGUCUGUAAGGAGAUUUUAUAUCCAUGUCCACAAGGGGGCGCCAAAGUCGAUACAGACUGAAAGUUCCUCACAGGAGAGUUUAUAUUAAAGUAGUAACUUACUCUAAAUGAUGACAUCAUACGUACGGGAUAACGUGUUAUAAAAAAUAUUUGUGUCUGUUUUUUGUAAAUAUUUCUGAACGAUGGCGUCGUAUUUCCGGUGAUCGGGGGUCGUACACCCUGCGGUUCAGUGCGCCCUGCAGUGUACGGUAAUGAAUAGAAGACCAGACUGGAGAAGCUCAUGUCACUUCAUGGUACAGGCUCCGCCCCCCUCCCUAGAGCAGAUGUAUGUGAGCGUGCGUUGGCACACAGCUCCGUUAGCUCAGAUACCACCUUCACCUGAUUCAUCCUCCAGAAUCUGUCAGGUGUGCUGCACUACAACCGCAGCCUGAGGUGCUCUCAUUGGUGUGGUUAAACACACGCACGCACGCACGCACGCCACACUCUCACCACAACGUCCUGUGUUCAAACUCUCUGUGUGGAUCUGUUCACCUGCUGUCCAGGUUCUCUGUUAAUAAGCUCGUGUGUAGUGUACACACACACACACACACACACACCUGCUCGGCCGUUCUGAUUAUUCCAUCCAAAAAAAACCAACCUGAUUUCAGAGACUCUGGCACGCUACACCUCUGAACGCCAUCAGGUCUGACCAGGUGUGCACCUGCUACACACACACACACACACACACACACACACACGCACCCCUGAUGUAUAAACCCAUUCUGCACAGUCAGGUUGUCUACAUUGUGGAUACUUUGAUACUUUUGGACGCCACGUCUUUUAAAAACGUCUCAUAUUUUCAGAUUUGACGUCAUCGCCAAGUUCUUAAACUUUUUUGAAAACGCGUCGUGUUCUGAACGGCGAGCUUCAGCAAGAGGAACACAGAGCGGCGUCUAAAUCGCACGAAUGCUUCUCAUGUAUUUGUGCGAUUUACACGGUGUUCAGGAGUUCGCUUGCAGGUUUCAAGGAUGAAAAACAAGAAAUUUAACUAAUCAUUGGGUGCUGUUGCCGUGGUAACAUCGGGUGCCCAGAAGCGUAUCAAAGUUUAAAAAUCCAACAUGGUGACAGCCGUGCUGCACAGCCAUGCUUGCUCCGCCGUUAGUGGCUUUAUGUGUAUAUUAGCUCGUCAGGUGUAUAAAAAAAACGGCGUGCAGCGUGUACCUGCGCUGUGCCUCGACACCGAGCGGGGGAGUGUGCGCGUGUGCGUGUGCGUGUGUGUGUGUGUGCGUACGAUGUAAACCCAUCUGUAAGUAAACCAAAUAUCAUUUUCACUAUGCAGUCAUUCAAAGCACGUCAGCUUGCUUGGGGUGGGAAAACGCCUCGUGUACAUACACAGAUUUAUCGUUGGCGAUUUAUCGUUCCCUCCUCCCGGCGGCGAGACUCUGACGUCACCUCGCCGCCUUCUGCUACUUCACAGAGAGAGAGAGGGAGAGAGAGGGAAGACGGAGCAAGAGAUGUGUUUUGAAUGAGCUGACAAAUAUUUAAGGAUUGUAUUUGGGUCGGGGAGGGGGGAGGGGGGGUGAGGGUUAGACUGGGAUUUGUAGUUUUUGGGGGAGAUACAGAUCAAUGCUGUAAAGUAUAUCAGCUGCAUGUUAUCGUCACGGUUACCCGCCAUUGUUUUUGUAGUUUUUUUUUUUUUUUUUUGUUUAUUCUUCUAUGACGUCGGUUGGUUGGUUCGGGCGGGGAUGGAUGCACAAAACUUUAUCCUUAUUUAUGAUUUCUACACUUGUAGUCGUACGUUUGUGUUCUUAGGAGAAGACUCGAUUCUUUUUCUGCCUUCAUUAUUAUUAUUUUUAUUUUGUUGUUUUUCACUUUGUACCGCGAGCUAAACGAGGAGGAGUGCGAGGCGGAGCUGUGUCUUUAUAAGCGGACAGUGUUUGUUAGAGAGAAGAAGAAAAGUCCUGUUUCCCCCUCGUGUGUGUUUUUCAGUCAGCUGAGCGGCGUGCGAGCGGCGUGCGUGAUGUUUAUUUUGUGUACCAAAAGUCUUUAUUGAUGGUGAUUAUUAUUACUAGCUUUUAUUUUGUUGUUUUUAUUACUAUGAUUAUUAUUAUUAUUAUUCUUCAGGGCAAAGUUGACACCAAAUUGAACAAAGAAAAUAAACGUGUGGCGUUCGGAGAGCGCGCCGAGAGCUGGACGCAGGUUUAGUCUCGACCUGGCGAGGAGGAGCGCUCGCCAUCCUCUCUCCAGCCGGUUUGCGUCGCCACGUUAAGAUCACCUCCGAGCUGAACUUGUAAAAGUAUUUUUUUAUGAUUUUUAUCUUUAUUUUAAUGUUUUCCUUUCGAUCGAUCUCUCAUUGGGUCGCAGAUUGUGUGCUGUUAUUUAACUCCUCCCCCCCGCCUCAUAAACCCCGCCCACUUUUUAUUUGAUUUCAUGAUUACUAUCGCUCUGGUUUGUCUGAUGCUGUAGUCGAGAGCUGAUUGGUCGGACGGCAGAGUGAUGUUUAUGUUCUGAGGCUGUCGUGACGGAUGUUGCACUUGUGUUGGGUUUUUGUGUGUUUUUCUUUUUGUGUCGCCGGUUGUCGUGCGGCGAGGAGAAUAUCGAGUGUUUUCCUUUAUUUUCUUUAGUCACAGCAGAUAUUUAAUCAAUCGUAGAUCUGUGACGCAGAGCAAGGAAAUGAUUCUACAGUGUAUUUUUCUCACUGGUAUUUAUUUAUUGGUCAUUUGUACGUUUUUUUGUUUUUUUGUUUUAUUUUGAAGUGUAUUUUAUUUUGAAAGAGGGCAAACAGGACGUAGGAGGAGGAGUCGUUUCUCAUCAGCAUUUGAUCAGUGUAACACAAAGUGUCAUAUUAAUGUAACCGGUUCAAAAUAGAACAUUUACGUCACAGGACGGCGAGCUGUUUCACGCUUCACUGUGACGUCAUGAUCGUGGUCAUUGUUUACCCUUUGAGACGACGAGCCCCACAAACAAACAGCAUGAUGUUUUCUGAGCUCGCCUGCUGUGUCUAUAACUCACAGCCAAACUCUGAACGCCGGCUUCAGCGCUGACGACAUCCGUUUUUUCUAUUUUGAAGUAUUCUCGCAGACUGAUUGGCUCGUUAGGAAUCUGAACUCCCAGUAAUGGAGGCGGCGCCGCCCGCCUUGAGGUUUCAUUUGAGGAUUUUAGUUUUGAUUAUUUUAUUUUUUGUCACUUCUGAGUCUGCACGACUUCGCUCGUGUCGGUUCAGGGCAGCGGUGGUCGCUCUGAUUUCAGUUGGUUCAAACGCUUCUCGUAUGUACGUCACCAUGGAUACAACGUCUCGACGGUUGUAUCAGUCGACUCAGCUUUACUGCCUGUUUCUUUGAUUUUACAUUUUGUUUGUUUGUUUGUUUUUUUUGGCUGUAUUUUGUCCCCCUGCGCCCCCCCCCCCCCAUGAGUCAUUUCAAACAGAAUAAAUGCCAUUAUAUUGUGAAUACCUCAGGAUUUUUUUGGAGAAAAAAAAACAACAAAACACCUAAAAAUCAAAUAAAUAAAUAAAUAAAAACUCAUAAAAAGUU